CAGGUUGGUUAUCACGGCACUUCCAAUAAGUUGUCGGCCAUGGAAGGGUGGUUUAGCUGGUGUUUCAUUGGCGUAUCCACGAUACUAGCCCUCUGGUUUCUCAAGUUCUUAGGCGGCAAGAGCAACCCCAAGAAGAAGCAACUGCCUCCUGGGCCAUGGACUCUUCCUAUCAUCGGCAGCCUCCACCACGUUGUUAGUGUCCUCCCACACCGCAGGAUGAGUAAGAUGUCUCGCCGGCAUGGGCCAUUGAUGCACCUCAGGCUAGGCGAGGUCCCAGCAGUGAUCGUCUCCAGCGCCGAGGCGGCGGCACAGGUGAUGAAGACUAACGACCUCGCCUUCGCAAGUCGGCCGCAAGGCCCGUUGCAGGAUAUCGUCGGUUGUGGCGGCAGGGGCAUCGUCUUCGGCUCCUACGGGGACCGGUGGCGCCAGAUGCGCAAGAUCUGCGUCGUGGAACUCCUCAGCUCUAAGCAGGUGAGGCGCAUGGAGGGCAUCAAGGCCAAUGAGGUAGAAAACCUCCUCCGUUCCAUCACCGCCGCGGGUGCUACCGUCAACGUCAGCACCAAGAUGGCGGCGCUCAGCAAUGACAUCGUGGCGCGGACAGUUUUCGGCGGCAAGUUCACACAGCAGGACGAGUAUCUCAGCGAACUGGACAAGGUCAUCAAGCUUAUUGGCGGCUUCUGCCUCGUCGACCUUUUCCCAUCCUCACGGCUGGUCCGGUGGCUAAGCAAUGGAGAGCGCCACAUGAGGAGGAGUUACGGCCGUAUCCAGCAUAUCAUCUCUAACAUCAUCGAGGGGCGCAAGGCGGCGCGAACAACCGACCGCCAUGCCUGCAGCACCGAUCAUGAGGACCUACUGGGCGUGCUACUCAGGCUGCAGGAAGAGAACUCGUUAUCCUUCCCUCUAACCACAGAGAUUAUCGGCGUCGUUAUCUUUGACAUUUUUGGAGCUGCCACCGAGACCACAGCAACCACAUUAGAGUGGGCUAUGUCAGAGCUGUUGAAUAACCCUGAGGCUAUGGCUAAGGCACAGCUAGAGGUCCGGGAAAUGCUAGGUCAAGAUCGACAUGUCAUCAAGAGUACCGACCUUAGUGAGCUGCGCUACAUGAGGAUGGUCAUCAAGGAGGUGUUUAGGUUGCAUCCUCCUGUUCCCCUCCUCAUCCCAAGAGAGACAAGAGAGGACUGUAAAAUCAUGGGCUAUGACAUGCCUAAAGGAACUAAUAUCUUUGUUAAUGUUUUUGCAAUUUCCCGGGAUCCUAAAUAUUGGGACAAUCCUGAAGAGUUCAAGCCAGAGAGGUUUCAGAACAACAAGGUGGAUUAUUAUGGGACACAUUUUGAAUUCACCCCUUUCGGGGCUGGGCGAAGGCAAUGCCCAGGGAUGUUGUUCGGCACGUCAACCGUGGAGAUGGUCUUGGCAAAUCUUCUCUACCACUUCGGCUGGGUGAUUCCCAACGGGCCUACUGCAGAGUCGGUGGACAUGUCUGAGAAUUUUGGUAUCACCUUAAGCAGAAAGUUUGACCUGCAGCUGAUAGCUAUUCCAUAUCCACGCUCCAAAGCUAUUUCCAUAUAGACGUGGCAAUGAUAUAGUAAUAUGAAUAUCUAGCACCUUUACCGAACCAGAAUAUCUCUCACUGUAAAAGUUGGACUAUCAGACUAUUUUUCAUAUUAUUUUGGGUGAUAUUAUCUAUAUAAAAUAGUAUCUCUAUGAAAAUAUUUGGAAGUA